GCUAGCUGAGGGUCCCUGGAAAUUGACAACGCUGUUCCUAAAUUUGCCGUUUUCUUGCUUUCCCUUCUGUGACAGCGGACGAUCCUGAAAACCCUUUGGUUUUUGGUAUAGACUGGAAAAUGGACUCAAGUCGCGGCCAAGAAAGCAACUUGAACCUCCAAAAGGACUUCUUGUCCUUUCUGUUUCCGGAAUCUUCCUCCGACCAACAACGAGGCCAUGACUCUCAGCAGAACGAAGCUAUGAACACAGCUGCUGUGCACGGUCAACGUUCGAAUUCCGGGAUGCUCAACUUUACCGGAACCGCCAACUCCCCUCCUUUCAAUCAACAAUUAGAUCUCAUGGACUAUGAGCAAUCUCAUAGCAUGCCACUUCCGGCCUUGCCCAGUUCCACGAGCCUUACACCGCAAGUCAUUUUUGAACAACAGUACAAGCUUACUCAGCUGCACCAGCUGCAGCAGCUUCAAAAUCAAAUUCAGAAUCAAAUUUUUCAGCAGCAGCUUGCCCUUAUCAGUGGGCAGUCAACUGUGAAUACGCAUGAUACCAGCGUCGAGCCCGCAAGGGAUCAGAUAGCAUCGUUUAGUGGCCUUCCGACUCCAGUCUCUUCUACGGAGCUCCGCCCUUUGCCUAACCCGGAGUUCCUCAGCCGUAUUGGCUCACAAUACCCCAAUCCUCAGGACGUGUACUCAUCUCAUCCGCUUGACCCUGUUUCCCUUCCCUCUCCCCAUGAUGCUUCCCUCUCCCCGCAAUAUCUUCGCGAUACGCGCCAUCCAGGUUCUAGCUCUGCACCUGCAAACAUAGUCUUUCAUCACACAAGCCCUGCCAUGCCGCCUCCAGACCUUGAUAUUGACAUUUCUCCGUUGACCAGCCCCUGGCUUGAGGCAUACCAUCACCAACGUCCCCCAAAUAAGCGCACAAUAUCACCAAGUGCAGAAGAUGCGGCGCGUGCGGUACGAAAGCGGGGACCUCCCACGACUUCUCCGGCGUCAACAGUGAAGCAGUCUAUAAGGUAUGCCAAGAGCGCGACAAAUACCCCUCUUCUGCGCUCUACAAGGUCCCGCAGGGAUAGCAUUAUCAUGGAGACGGACUCGCCGUCACCUGUUGACUUGUCGAUGCCGCCUCCCGCACCCCCGGGACCUCGCCAAUCCCCUCCCAAUUCUUCGGUACCAAGCAAUUAUGAAGCGACAUCGCCAAUAACUCCGGUCACUCCCGCAAGCAUAAUGAAUCUUGGCCGUCUGGGUAUUAGCAGUAGCCUCACUACUACUACAUCACCUACAUCUCAAAAAGCUGAUAGAGCGAAAGAACCCGCUAGGGCGAGGAUAGCGCCUGAUAGCAGUGCACCAACCAAAGGAUUCAAGAAGGGCGCAUUGCCGCUCAUCAGUCCUGGACCUAAGCCGAUUUUACCCGCUGGUAUGCCAUCAUCUGUAAAUGCAGGUUCUUCUGCACAAUCACCUCCUAUUCCUAAUCGCAAGUCGCACAAGGACGCCGAACAAAAACGUCGUGAUUCUCUGAAGACUGCAUAUGACGAUUUGCGCGUUUUGCUCCCACCAGUUCCGCUACCUUCUGAUGAAAACUUCCCUGAUGAACCGAUCCUUCCGGGAGCUUUACCACCCAGAGGCCCACCAAAAGCUGGUGGGGAUGGUCCAAAUAAAGGUGUCAGCAAGCUGCAGCUGCUCAGAUGCGGGAACGAAUUUAUUCGAACGCUCAAGGGUCGGGUAGAGCGUCGAGAUAGUGAAAUCGAGAAUCUGAGGAGAGAGGUGCUGAGACUGCGUGUCAUUGCUGGCGAUGCAGCUGGAGGGGAGCAUAUAGAUCUAGAACAGGAUCUCGAUGCUGUUGAAGCUUAUUCGACUUUCCGCCAUUCAUCACUGGGUGCCGUUGCGGAGGGGGAUGAUGCGGACGAUGCCGAAGAGUGAAGGGCAGGCUGCUGUUCUAUGCUAACUACUUCUCCUACCAAAACAUGUAUAUUAUUCUUGAUAAACAAAAGGUGUAAUUGAGUGGACUACCGGCCGGUCAAACUACUCAUAAGUCAGGUGUGUAG